CGCCCAUGAUCCUUUAUUUGUUUGUACACACAACGAACGGCUCAUAUGUAUGUGCAUCAGAUGUGCAUGCGUGUGUUUGUCUGUCUGGGAGGGGAGGGAAUGUACACCGUGGCAUCCACGCCUAGCUCGAUAAAACAGUGCCGACUGUAGAAAACAGUGCUUGACUGACUACACACACAAUUGUACAUUCACGAAUUAUCGUGUCGUCCCAUGACAAACGUGCCUUCAUGCGUAUGCCUGGAGGGACGGACUGACUCAUCUCUCGGCCCGCAAACUGAAGAGCUGCGGUCUGCUGCCACGCAGCUGAUGAGCUGCUGACUCCCGUCACCAUGACAACUCCUCCACGCCACAGACAGACAGACAGACAGACAGAAGACUGUGUAGGUGUCAUCAGCUGAAAUGGUGCCUUACCUUCAGUGACGACCUGAGAAGUGCCGGUGGAUAACUCGUCGACCGAACACGACCGCCUCUCCCGCCUUAGUUCACUUAGGUGAGUAAUGGUUGAGUUCCCUCAUCAGGGGCUGCCCGCUGCUGCCGCCUCUCAUUGAAGCGGCGCCACCACUUCACCAAAAAGAAGGCGCUCUCUCUCCGCCACAUCUCCUCCUUCUCGGGACUCCACAGUGGACCUGACACACACAGGCGCACACACACACACACACACGUGGAGAGGGAGAGUCAGGCAGGCAGGCAGUCCUGCUGUGUCGGUGUGGCGCCUCACCCAGCCAGAUGGCGUAUACAUCGCGGUGUUGCAGGUCGCGUACUUCGUACUCACCGUCUGUGCCAAUGAAGCGCACCUGACAACACCGACACUUUGGACACCAAUGGAAUGAGUCCCCUCUUACUGGUUUGGCCGACCAGUCUGUUGGCCUCCAGUCCGCGACAUUUGAACUUUUUCCAUAUCAGCUUCGCAUUGUAGGCCUCCCCUGCCAUGCCGGUCCAACGGCGCAGUCGGCACACCUCUGGGUGGUCUUUGUAGUACACCAGCACGUCCUUGUAGCCCUCGCACUCGGGAGGCCAGGGGCCUCGCCAUCGAGGAGGGCGGGCAGGCCGCUGGGAAACGUCAAACACCCUCCUAUAAAGGUGCAGGGGACGUCGCCACAUCCUGAGCAGGG